GACGUUCGCCAUACACUCAUUUACAAAGUGAAACAAAAAAUUUCAAUAUUCAGUAUGCUAACUACAACUUUGUUUCAUUCAAGGAAGGAUAUUUGGUAUUCCUGGUAUUUUUUGUUCAUUAUAAAAUUCAACAUUCUUAAAUUUGCAGUUUUAAUAUGAUAAAUUGAAAUAUCCCCCUAUAGUCCGUGUACACUACAGUAAAAAUGAUAUCAAGUCAGAAGGAAGACGCUCAUUUGCAUAUAUUUGUGAAGCAUGAAUUUGAAUUGUAAGAAAUGCAUUUUUGUGUAAAGGUUAUUUAAAAAUGAAUCAUAUAAUCUUUGAGUAUAAUUCUGGAAUGGAGUUCCGCAAUUUGAAUUGCUUUGAUUAUGCAAUAAUACAUUUUACACGAGCAUUGAACAUAUUCCAUUAUAAUGUUGGGUCUCAAUCUGAUGUGAUUUUCUGGUCUCGAAUUUUGCUGUCUCGAGCUGAAGUAUACUUAAGAUGUCAACAGUUCAAUAGGAUGAUAGAAGAUGUUAAACUGGCUAUUAAAGAUUGUCCUCAGCAAGAUAAUGAUAUGGUGGAAAUGAAGCUAUGGAGGAAUCAUGCAUCAAACAUUCAUUCGUCUCUUGCAAUAUGGUGUUACUCUGCAGCAUUGCAUUUUGCUGCAGGAGUUAGUAAAUUAGAACAAAGUAAAAUACAUUGUGACAGAGCCUUGGAGUAUUAUGAAAAUGGACAACUUUCUGAAUGGGAAAAGGAUAUAGAGGUUUCAAAAACAUUGGAUUAUCAACCAGCAAUUACAUAUGGUUCAAAUAUCUUGGAUCAAGCAAUGGGUUUACUUGCUGAAAGAAAGUGUAUGGAAGCUAUUGAUUGUCUAGAGAUCUCAGAAUUGCUUCUUCGUCCUCUAAAUCCUUCAGUUUAUUUUGAUGAAGUUGUCAAGAAAAAGUGGAAUGAUUCAAUGAAGUUGUUGAUAGAAACAUUGUGGGAUAGUAACAUGUAUCACAAAGCGAUACAAGUUGGGAAGAAGUGUAAACAAUUGGAGUCUUUCUUUAUUCAGGAAAAAGCUGAACUGUGGAAGGAUAAAGGAAAUAGAAUGUUUUCUAUGCAGAAGUAUGAUCUUGCUAUUGAAUGUUAUGCCAUGUCCAUUCAAUACACGUCUUCUGAGAAUAAUGCUGUAUUUCUUGGAAAAGUAUACAGCAAUCGAUCACAAUCUUAUCUCAAGACAAAGCAGUUUGUUAAAGCAAAAGAUGACGCGAAAAAAUGCUUGGAAUAUAGACCUGACUGGUCUAAGGGUUAUUACAGAUUAGGAACAGCUUUUGAGGCAAUGAAGAAUUAUGAAUGUGCUUUAGACUCUUUAAGAAAAGGACUAAAUGUUACUUGUAAUGAAGACAACAACACAAAGUAUGAAAUAGUGCAGAAGAUUCUUAACUUGGUUUACAAAUGUCCAGAUGGAAUAUCAAAAAUUUCAUUUGAAAUUCCUCGUGAUUGCAUGAGUAAAUACCUGACGGAAUGUGCGGAGAAAAGUUACUGGAAGUCUUUAGAAAUGUUUUUGCUUGGUGGUGGAGGUCAAUAUGCUAAAGGAGAUGGUGGAAUAGCAACAGGAAAGUGUGAUCUUAAUAAAAUAUCAUUAUGUGAUGUUAUCAAGUCAGACCCUAAACCAAGCAUGUUUUAUAAGCUUAUUGAGACAUUAAUAGAACAUGGUGCUCUUGUAAAUACCUAUUUUAAUCAUGAAUCGCCUUUGACAGUAGCUGUAAAUUUUGAAGACCACGAUCUUGCUGUCAUUCUAUUAAAAAAAAAUGCUGAGCCUGGUGGUUUAUUACGAAGCAAGUUUGCAGGAAAGAACGACGAUAGUCAUGUUCAUAUUGCUUUUAAAAUUGGGCUCAUGAAAGGUCACUGGAAAAUGUUUGAAUACUUGAUGGAAGUCACUACUGCCAAUUCUACUGGUUCUGAAAUGCAUGUAGACAGGAGAGGAAACAGUCUGUAUCAUUUAGUGGCUAGUGAAAAUAGAACAUGGCCCCAUGUAGAAGAAGGAAUAAAGAUUUUAAGAAAGCAUAAGGUUGACCCAAAUACAAAAAAUAAGGAUGGAAAGACGCCAUUAAUGUUGAUUAAUCGUGAUGAUCUAAGAUAUCGCAUAAUCGAGGAAAGCAUGAACGAAUGUAAGCCUGAAAAGUCAAAGAAAAAAAAGAAACGGAAAAAGAAAAAUAAUAAUCAGAUGAAGAAUCCUUAUGUUGAAGAACCAAAUAAAAAAGAUAAAGGCAUUAAAGGCAACAAAGACGAAGAAGUUGAUAAUGUGUCAAUCGAAUCAUCCAUGCAUAUUCUUUCAGAGAUUGAGCUGUUGCGAGUAAAACUUGAGAAAGCCAUUGACAAGUUUGUAAUUGUAACUACAGAAUCAUUGGCCAGUAAAAAAAACAAUGAUGUUAUAAAAAAAGAGAAAAACUCUCCUAUUCAAAAUAAAGAAAUAAAACCAAGUGACAAUGAUAAAAUCAUUAAAAACUGCGAAUCAAAAUCACCACUUCCAUCGCAAAGUGUAGAUCAAACAGUUGAUAAAGUAAAUGAUGAAUGUACUGACGAUGUUACUGACACAGCUUCUUGUGAUGAUGAUGAUGAUGAUGAUGUUACAAAUAUGGCGUUUGAUAAUUUAACGUGGGAAGUUGAAUGCACGUCAGAAGUAUGGAAAAAGUUGAAUGAUAAGAAGUUCAACGAGAUAAAAAAACGUAUUGUAAAUAUUGUUAAACAAUUGGCGCUUGGAAACAUGCGUGGUAGUCUUGCUAAACAGCUUGUUGGAAUUGCUAAAAGAUCCAACAUUCGUCUUUUUGAAGCGAAAAUUGAUAGGUCUGCUCGUAUUCUAUGGGAACGUGCCAUUGCAUUCUCACCUCGUUGUAGUGCCUUGCCGGAAAACAAAAACGAGAAUAGUCGUGGUAUUUAUACCGAAAUUAUCAGAAUCUGGGACAUUGUGUUUGAUCAUGACACAGUACCAAGAAAGAUUGAGAAAAUAAUUCGUUCUCACGAUCGUGGAGCAAGUUGUUUUAUAAAGAAAAAACUGAAAGGCACCAACAACACUACUUCAGAGCCAUCAUCUGACAUUGACGAACGAUUAAUACCCAAGAUAUACGUUCCCAAAGAUGACGGCUUAGUUUUUCAACAUAACGAUCAAUCUCAGCAGAAUACUUCUUCGAAAAAAGAAUCAACCAGUAUAUUUUUCCCUCCUGGAAGUUCAGAGGAAACCGAAUACCAUAUUCUCAAGUUCUAUGCCUUUUCAAAUGCUAUGGUAAACGCGAUGCUGGAUCAACGGCAAAAGACUAAUUUUGAUUUCCCUUUUCGUGUUUCUGAACUGGAGCAUUCAAUUAUUAGUCUGGCAACUAAACCACCGACAUCCAUUCUCUUGUUGGGUCGUAGUGGAACAGGAAAGACUACAUGUUGUUUGUAUCGUCUAUGGAAUAACUAUCAAAGCUACUGGAAGAAUCAUACACUUAGCGAACCUACCAUUCCUAAUGCUGCCCUGUUUGUUCCACGUGAUGAAAAUGAGUCAUUCACUGAAAACGCCGACGACAAAACGGAAACAACGUGUGAAGUGCUCUCGCAAAAAAAACUUUCUCGCUCGUCUUUUAUUGCAGAUGAUUCGGCAAAUGUUAAAGAAGGACCUGUGAACGUCAAUAAUCAAAUUCCUUGCUCUAUUGAUGUAGGUGAGUGUUUAGAAAAGAAUUCCGAUGCAGUGGAACAAAAGUUUGACCAUCUUCACCAAGUAUUUAUCACAAAAAAUGCUGUUUUGUGCAAAGAAGUCCAAAAAAAUUUCAUCGAUUUGAGUCGGGCAACCUUUUCAUCAAGAGAUGAUCUACAAUAUGAACCAUCAUUAAACGCAAAUCGACUAGAUCAGCUUGAAAACAACUCGUGGCCAUUGUUUAUAUGCUCACGUGAUUGGCUGCUGAUGCUUGACGCCUCUCUUCCCGGUGUGCAAUUCUUUCCUCGAAAUGAAGAUGGGACCAUAGAAAGGCCAGUAGAAGGCUGGGGUGAAGAAGAUAACAACUUACAAGGAAUGCCAAUUUAUCAGUCUGAUGAAGAUGAGGAAGAUGAAGAGGAAGGAGAUAAAGAAACUGAACAAAAGCUGAAAACAAUGGGAGAUGAAGAGAAAGCUUUUAAACGAGAUCCAAGACGAGAAAUUACGUAUGAAGUGUUUAAGAACAAUGUGUGGAAAAAAAUGACAAAGAAAAAUAAAGUGGAUUUUCAUCCUAGUCUUGUUUGGACUGAGAUUAUUUCAUUCAUAAAAGGUUCAGUAGAGGCACUUCAUAGUGACGAAGGUUAUUUGUCUCUAGUGGAAUAUCAAUCGAUUGGUAACAAAAGAGCGCAAACAUUCAAUGCUGAUCGUGAAGAUAUUUAUAAAUUAUUCAAAGCGUAUCAACGUAUUCAACAAAAUGAAGGAAUGUUUGACGAAGCUGAUGUUGUUCAUCAUAUUUUCCAGCGUUUGAAAAAUCAUAUUCCCAUGUGGUCUUUUCACGAGAUCUAUGUUGACGAAACUCAAGAUUUUACUCAAGCAGAGUUAUCCGUUAUAAUUAGUUCUUGUCGCAAUCCGAAUGCGUUAUUUUUUACUGGUGAUACAGCUCAAAGUAUCAUGAGAGGCAUUGCUUUUCGUUUUAGUGAUCUAAGGUCACUAUUCUAUUACCUUAGAGAGUCUGUGAAAUCUGUAGGUCAAGAUGCUGAAGUGGUUGUUCCUGAUAGAGUUUAUGAGCUUACCCAUAACUAUCGUUCUCAUUCAGGAAUACUGAAUCUGGCUUCAAGUGUAACUGAUUUGCUGUCGUACUUUUUCCCCGAAUCCUUUGAUAAGUUGGCUCGUGACCAAGGAUUGUUUGAAGGUCCCAAACCUGUUCUCUUGGAGUCGUGUAGUUUUAGUGAUCUUGCUGUUAUUCUUCGUGCACAAAGAAAAAGUUCACCAAUAGAGUUUGGUGCACAUCAAGUUAUUCUCGUGGUUUCUAACGAAGUGCGAGAAUCACUUCCAGAUGAGCUCAGUCUGGCUUUAGUUAUGACUAUUUAUGAGGCCAAGGGUCUGGAGUUUGAUGAUGUUCUGCUAUACAAUUUUUUCAAAGAUUCUCAGGCUUGUAAAGAAUGGCGUGUCGUGGGAUCAUACAAAGAAAGCAAAGAUGAUGUGACAAAAGUGAGCGAGACUGGUAUAGCGGAAUUGCCCGUCGAGAGCUUGAAGUUGAAGGCAAGACCACUGGAAUUUAAUCCUGACCAACACAAGAUUCUUAUUUCAGAAUUCAAAUACUUAUACACGGCUUUAACUCGUGCUCGUGUAAACGUGGAUUUUGAUGAGAAUGAAGAAACAAGGUCCCCUAUGUUUGAAUAUUUUCAGAAACGUGAUGUAGUUGAAGUUAAACACUUUCAUAAAGCAGAAGAGGAUUCAUCUUCACUUCAAGGAAUGUUUGCUCAAAAAUCCAAUGCUAAAGAGUGGAUGGAGAGGGGUAUUUACUUCUACGAAAAUGGGCGAUGGAAAGCUGCUUCUAAGUGUUUUUCAAUGGCUGGUGAAGAUAUAUGGGUGAAGAAAUGUGCAGCUCAUCAGAGUGCUGAUGAAGCAGCUACGCUACAAAGUAAACCUCGCCUACUGCGAAUUGAAUUUGCUAAAGCAGCAUUACUUUUUUUGGAAUGUGGAAUGUCAAAUGAAGCCGAAAAGUGCUUGUAUAAUGCACGACAGUGGACUUUGGCUAAACUUUUCGAGAAAUCAAAACAUUUCCUCAAAGCGGCAACCAUAUUUCAAAAGGAACGAAGAUUUAAUGAUGCUGCAAGAAACUAUGAAUCGGCUGGUGAUUUUCAGAGAGCAGCUGAUAGCUUGUUGUCCACCGAUAGUUAUGAUGAGGCCUUGAAUCUUAUUGCACGUUACAAAGAUUUAUUGAAGAAAGAAGAACAAGGUGUUAUCACAAAACAUCUUCGCCCGGAUCAAAGAGAUGAAAGUAUUUGCUAUCGAGCGGCUAAAUUUUACCAACGUCGAGGCAAUAAAAAGUUAAUGAAAGACGCUUUAGAGAAAUUACCUAAUGUAAACGAUCGCAUCACGUUUUUAAAAAACAAUGGCUUCUUUGAGGAAGCUGCUGAGUUGUUAUUACAUGAAGGUAAGCGGCAAGAAGCAGCGAAAUUAUUGCGAUCUAAAGGAAAAUUUUUGGAAGCUGCUCGUCUUAGUGAUGAUAUGAGAUUUAUUGCUGAAUGCCAUUUAAUUGAAGCGCGUUUGAAGAUUCAUUCUGCAAAACAAAACCAGGAAUCAGUCGAUCAAGAAUCCAUCAACGAGUAUCUUAGUUGUGCUGUUGAAAUUUGUAAAAAGGAGGAGGAUUUCAACUUGCAAGCUGAAGUCCUUUUUACGCAAGGUAAAUUUUGCAAGAACGCUCGGGAUAUUGCUGAUGCAGGCCAAUAUUUCUUAGAUGCUUCAAACUAUGUUGGCCUUGUUGAUUGCUUUAACUUGUUGCUGAAAUAUAAUCCUACUAGAAUCAAUAGUCGUAAAGCAGGAAGAACCAUAACAAGUCUCCUUGAUCUGAUUCUUGCGUUCCAUAAGAGGAAUAUUAAUAGUCGUGACCGUACAAUGAUCACCCAAUGUUAUGCAUAUUUUGGAAUUAAAGAUUCAGAUGACACGGCUUAUAAGAAAGUACCUCGACUGGAAAUGGUCCGAUUCAUUAAGUUAUCAGAGGAAGAACUGAUACCAACUGCGCAAGCUCAUGGUUUGAUUAAAGAUCACCUACACAAAAUGGCGAGGUCACUUGUUAAACAAUGUUGGAAUAGAAAGGAAGAAAUAUUUAAAAAAAAUAAGCCUUGUCCACGUUUCUUAGAUUGUCGUCCUUGUGACAUGAGCUCGUGUGCUCAUUUACACGAGAAAAUCACUCGAAAACAUUUUACUGAUCAAUUGAGUGCUUUACGAUUUCUGAUUGACUUAGAACAAAAACUUUCUGACUUCCUGAAUGAUAUGAAACGAGAGUCAUAUAAAUCAUUCUCCCAACUGAAGUCAAUGUUGUUUACUUCUCCAGAAUUUAGCGCUGGUGAACGAUUGUACGAAAUUCUCUUUCCUUUUGAUAAUGAAAUUCCAUCGUCAUUUUUCCUGUCGGAAAAUGACGUCGCAAUUAUUCGCCGUUUUAAAAGUACAUAUCUUAUAAAUUUUGCGAAGAAUUAUUUGUGGAAAAAAGCUGAAACUCAUGAAAGAUGGCAAAGUUCUGAUUUAUUUAUUAAAGUCUCUAAUAUUUUACAUUUGGCUGGUGCUCAAGACGGAGAUAUCUAUAACUUACUCGCAGGAGAGGAGAAAAAGUUCGAAGAAAAUGCGCGUUGUAAUAGUGAGGUUAAAAUUCCCGAGUGUUUCGUAACAGAUACGGUGGUUAUGACAUCUUUCUUAAAUCUUUUGAAAAUUGUAAGAAGAAAUUAUACAGAGAUGGCGACGUUCCAGGCUCAGUUCACACCGCUAUAAAGAAGUUCCUGUUUACUCCAGCAAAAAACAGAAAACUUCCCUAUCCCUCGAUCGCCAAUGCUGUUGCAAUUCUGGAACGUCAACUAACCACGUGUCUUGUUCUCUUCUCUUGUGUAGCGUAUCCUAAAGAAAGUGUUUGUCUGCCAGAAAGCUACGUAUCUAUGAUUAACUUUGGGAAUACACUGAAUGCCGUCCUAACCAAAAUAAAACCUUCAGGUUUUUUGAUGCAAUUUCCCAUUCAACGAAGCAAUUUCAAGGUGUUGCAGGGCUACGAAGCUUUGCGCAUUUGCAUGAACUAUUGCGUUCCAUAGUUCAGUUGACUUUUGGUGAAGUUAGUAGGUCAUAUAACAUUGUUUAUGAUACUCUCUGCAAGAAUGACGCAAACUUUGUUGAUACUGAAA